GCGUGGGGAGUCUCUGGGAUCUCUCUCUGUCACCUCACAGUAGUCGUUGCUGGUCGCGGGCGCGGGGGCGCGAGUAGCGCAGGGCCUCUUCUCCCCCGCCCUCAGGCCGGGCCCGGGCUCGGUCCCCCGCACCCUCCUCUCCCCACCCCCGUCGGGUACCAGAAGGUCCAAGUCGCUACUGGGUGCCCGAGGGCCAUCGUGGCCGCCGCCACGGGUCCUGAUGGAGCCGCCGAAUCUCUACCCGGUGAAGCUCUACGUGUACGACCUGUCCAAGGGCUUGGCCCGGCGGCUCAGCCCCAUCAUGCUGGGGAAACAACUGGAAGGCAUCUGGCACACCUCUAUAGUUGUCCACAAGGAUGAGUUCUUCUUCGGCAGCGGCGGUAUUUCCAGCUGUUCCCCGGGAGGGACAUUGCUUGGGCCCCCAGACACUGUGGUUGAUGUGGGGAACACAGAAGUCACAGAAGAAAUCUUUCUGGAAUACCUGUCCUCCCUGGGGGAGUCUCUGUUCCGAGGAGAAGCCUACAACCUGUUUGAACACAACUGUAACACCUUUAGCAAUGAAGUGGCGCAGUUCCUGACAGGGCGGAAGAUCCCUUCUUACAUCACAGACUUGCCCUCUGAAGUUCUCUCCACGCCCUUUGGACAAGCACUUCGGCCCCUCCUGGACUCCAUCCAGAUCCAGCCUCCUGGAGGGAGCUCUGUGGGCAGACCCAAUGGCCAAAGCUAACAGGACUGCACGGAACCGCCCGCCUCUCCAGGGCUUUUCCUUUUUAAACAAAACAAACCCUACCAGAUUUCUAUUUUAUAAUUUUACAUCAGAGCUAACGGGGACGGCUUUUUAAAUUUCCCAGGGAAGGAGCUUGUCAGGCUGCACGUAGGACAAUGCUCCUGAAAAACAGAACCAAUGCCAUCCCUUCUAAUAGUAUUAUACUAAUUUAUUAAGGCUGUCUUGUCUGUGAGUUCACUUUUGACGCUGUUGCCUAAGCGUCCUCAACGGUGGAGAAAGAGGGGUGCUUGUUUAAACAGAAAGCAAGAGUCACACAACCUGGGAGGACCCCGUCCUGGACCCUUUCCAAGGGAUACCCACAUUCAACCCAUACCUGUGGGCCCUGGAUGAAGUUUUUUGGUUUUUUGUUUUUUGGGGUUGGUUUUUUUUUGGGGGGGGGGGUUCAAGACAGGGUUUAUCUGUGUAGCCCUGACUGUCCUAGAACUCACUCUAGACCAGAUUGCUCCCAAGUCACAAAGAACCGCCUGCCUCUGCCUCCCGAGGGCUGGGAUUAAAGGUGUGCUCCACCACCGCCUGGCCUGGGUGAGCUUUAUACUGUCCAUAACCCUGGAGCAGCCGCCCUCUAGCCGCAAAUGAAUCAUAGGGUCUGGUGCACACGGAAGUCUUUAGCCACGAGUUUACCCCCUUGUCCCCAAACAAGGCCGCUGGAACAGCCAGAGCCUCGGGAUCAAAGGACAGUGGCAGCGAGGAUGGGGCAGAGAAGACAGGGUAAAGCCAUUCCUCCUCCUCCUCCUCCUAGUGCCAGUCCUCUCUGCCUGCCCCUAAGCUGCUCUUCCUCAGCAAUAACUUGACCUGUCCCCCUUAAUGAAGGUCUAGGCUGCAGUGGCAGAGACCUGGGCCUUCUCUCUGCAAAUAAUAGCAUCAGUUUAUUUAUAGUCAAUGGAGCCAGCCACCUAAACGGUAUGAAUUUGUCAGCUAGGGGACAUGACCGGUCCCUCUAAGAACUGGCCAGAGUACCAUAAUGAUGCAGAUUCAAGGUGGCAAGAAAAUUUAAGAGUUGUCUCCGAUAGGGACUUCCACAUUUUCCUUAAAGUAUCAUGAACAGACAUUAUCUCCAUUAUCAUUCUGACCUUAAGAGGUGUGGUUGGGCUGAGUGGGCCGUUUCCUAGUGAUGUGCUGCUAGGAUUCAUCAGCAGGAAUCGUCUAGAAGUCUAUGAUCUGGACUCUAGGAGGAACCUAAGGUUCCCUUUCUUGGUGUCAGCCCCCUAGCUAAUUUGGGGACUGACUGGAUAUGAAGAAGGGGACUCAGAGCAGGCACCUGAGACUCUGUUCCACAUCCAUGGGAACCCCUGCCAUGGUUUCCUACCACUUCUGAAACUUGAGCUCAAUAGCUCCUUCUCAGGCAGGCCUUUCCUCCUGCUGCUACUGGCUUGUACCUGCCCAUACCCUGCUGACCUUGCCAGUAGCCAUAUGAGUUGGCUUCAUCGGGAUGUCUGCCUCAGCGCUGACCUGUUGCCUGACCAGGGCCAAGUCCAGCUGGGACGUCAGGUGGUGAUUUGGAACUUGAAGGUUGAAGUCAGAUGGGUCUCACUCAAGACUCAAUGGUUUGCAAGUGUGCAGCGCAAUAACGAAUUAGAAUGGAAACCAACAGGGAUUGUUUACUAUGGGUCUGUUGACAGAAUGGGGCCCAGAAGGAUGAGUGUUCAAAGCUUGGCUUCUGGGUGGGUAGAGGUUGCUGGGAGCCAUCACUUUUCCAUUUGCCUGGCCCCAGCUGCUAUCAUCUCUACCCAGAGCGCUCACCUCUCUCCUGCCAGGUGCUGGACUGAAUUUCCCACACCAGAUUCAUCUGGUUUUUCUCUUCGCAGCAGUGACUCACAUGCCAUGGUAUUCUGAGAAGUUUGCCUGAGAAUCUUAGUCAUUUGAUUGCCUGAAUCAGCAGCCAUCCGUGUUAAUGCCUGUGCCCAUGGCUUGCAGGGAGAUAGGAGGACUGGACAGUUUCUCAGGACCUGCAGGGAGGCUCUUCCCCUCCCCUAUGCAGAUCCAUUGUCGCCCCAGUCCCAGGCCAGGAGCCCCACGUCCCACCUUCACACAUCAGUGUUCCAGUAUCUCAGGAGCAUACUAUUAAUGACCAGCUGACUCCACCUGGGCGUGUACAAGUGAGCUGAGGGAGUCAUGUCGCUGGUGUCACCUGACACACCCCUGUGGAGGUCCAGUGGUCAGGGAACAAGGGAAGUGGAGCAUGAGACCAUCAUCCUCUCCUAGACAAAAUGGAAGUGUGUUCUUUAGAGAUUCCUUCAUGACUUCCUUGGACUCAAACUAAUUAUGUCUAAUACAGAGGUGUUUGCUGGUUUUCCUUGGUGGUUUUCUAAUGCAAUAAACUCACUCAUGCAGCUGUA